AUGGAAAAGUUUGGGCUUUCAGGAAAACUUCCUUCUUUUGCUAGAGCAAACCACAAUGCUGCUCCAAACAUGUCAGGAGUGGACAUGACACCUCGUCAUUUGGCGGUAUCAAAUUGCCCAAACAACUCAUAUGCGUUGGCCAAUGUGGCCGCCGUAUCGGCCUCCGAUUUUCCGGACAAUAUUUAUGUGCUGGUAGAUAACCUGUUUGUGUUUACAACUAGGCACUCAAAUGAGAUAGCAGCGGGCGUGAUCGGGUUCAACGGAAACCAAAGAACUUGGGGCGGUUGGUCUUUAAAUCAGGCGGUGCAGGUGAAACCGUUUGACCUCUUCAAGCACAGUGGAAAACAAUCAUACUUGGGCACUCUUGAUCUAGAAAUUAGCUUCAGGUCGAGAGGGAAAGUGGUGGAUACACCUUUUGACCAAGAUGACCUAGCCAAGCAUUUCCUUCGCAAUUUCGAAUCCCAGAUAUUCUCUCCCACACAGUGUUUGAUUUUUGAGUUUAAGGGUCAUAUCUUUGACCUUACUGUUAAGGGCGUACAGACCAUCGAUCUAGGUGACGUUGAAAUGGUUACUCCCAUCUCGAACGGCAUUCAAAGUAAAGGUAUACUAAUCAAGCAGACGCAGAUUAAUUACUACAAGGGUAGAGAUGGGCUCGUGAAUUUGAAAUCCGCAAACUCGCUCAGACCUAGAUCAGAUGCCGUCAUCAGACCUGAUUUCAAAUUCGAGGAUCUAGGCGUCGGAGGGCUUGACAGAGAGUUCACGAAGAUUUUCAGAAGGGCUUUUGCUAGUAGAAUUUUUCCCCCAUCCGUUAUCGAAAAGUUGGGUAUAUCGCAUGUGAAAGGUCUUCUGCUUCAUGGACCACCUGGUACAGGUAAGACUUUAAUUGCCAGGAAAAUCGGGACAAUGCUCAAUGCCAGGGAACCAAAAAUUGUAAAUGGUCCUGAAAUUUUGAGCAAGUAUGUUGGUUCUUCGGAGGAAAACAUUCGUAAUCUUUUCAAGGAUGCAGAAGCGGAAUAUAAAGCAAAAGGUGAAGAAUCGUCUCUACACAUCAUUAUUUUUGAUGAGCUAGACUCUGUAUUCAAGCAGAGAGGCUCACGCGGGGAUGGCACUGGUGUGGGUGACAACGUGGUGAAUCAGUUGCUUGCCAAGAUGGACGGUGUUGACCAGUUGAACAAUAUUUUAGUCAUUGGUAUGACCAAUCGUAAAGAUUUAAUUGAUGCGGCGUUGCUUCGUCCUGGACGUUUCGAAGUACAAGUCGAGAUUCAGCUGCCGGAUGAAGAAGGCAGACUUCAAAUUUUGGAAAUACAGACCAAGAAGAUGCGGGAGAACAACAUGAUGGCCGCAGACGUGGAUCUUAAAGAAUUAGCGGCCUUGACCAAGAACUUUUCGGGUGCAGAAAUCGAAGGCUUGGUGAAGAGUGCUAGUUCUUUUGCCAUCAACAAGACUGUCAACAUUGGCAAGGGGACAACAAAGUUGAACCAAAAGGAUAUUGCAGCCAUGAAAGUCACCAUGCAAGAAUUUUUGAGUGCACUAGACGACGUUACGCCUGCAUUUGGUAUCAAUGAAGAAGAUUUAAAAACUUGUGUGGAGGGGGGUAUCAUUAGGUAUUCGUCUCGUAUUGAAGAAAUUUUAAAAAACGGUGAGAGAUACGUCCGUCAAGUUCGGGAAAGUGACAAGUCUAGGUUAGUGUCUUUGCUGGUACAUGGUCCGGCUGGUUCGGGAAAAACAGCUCUUUCAGCUGCGAUUGCUUUGAAAUCCGAGUUCCCUUUCAUAAGACUAAUUUCGGCCGACGAAAUGGCAGGGAUGUCCGAGAGUGCCAAGAUAGCGUACAUUGACAAUACGUUUAGGGAUGCUUAUAAGUCUCCGUUGAAUAUCCUGGUUGUAGACUCCCUCGAAACGCUAGUUGACUGGGUACCAAUUGGGCCACGGUUUUCAAAUAACAUUUUGCAGACGCUAAAGGUAUAUUUGAAGCGGAAACCACCUAAAGAUCGCAGAUUACUUUUGAUAUCAACUACUUCUACUUACUCCGUCCUUCAGCAGAUGGACAUGCUAAGCUGCUUCGACAAUGAGAUUGCCGUACCUAACAUUACCAAUUUGGAUGAGUUUAACAAUAUCAUGAUAGAAUCUAACUUUUUGGACGAUGCUGGACGUGUGAGCGUGCUCAACGAAUUCGCAAGGCUCAAACUGCAAUUCAAUGUGGGUAUUAAGAGGGCGUUGACGAAUAUUGAGACGGCACGGUUCGACGCUGAACCUGCUAAUGAAAUUAUUGAGCUCAUGGCCCAAUCGGUUUGA